AUGGACUCCGCGGAUUCAGUCUCUUCGGUUUCUCGAUAUCGCCUUACUCCUAGCCUGAGCCAAAGUUUGUUUGCUAAAAAAAGAUAUUUUUUUAAUUUGAAGUUGAAAUUUCAUUUAACUGUGAAUAAUUUUUGUUAUAAACACUGAUGAAUCUCUAGGAAAAACAUUUUUAUUUUGAUUAACUUUCCCCAGUAAUGUUAUAUGACGUCAGGAUUGCAGACAGAGCCAUUCCCUCUUACUGUCGCCGGAUUACUGUAGGCAGGCGCCUGCGUAAUUAUUCAUUGAACAGUUUAUUCUUUUCUAUAUCAAUCGAUGAUGAGGAAUUGAUUAUAGUGUGUCAAAAAUCCUUGCUCAGGUAUUUUAAAUCAUAGAUUCCUCAAAUGAGCCCCAUACACUGAAAACCUGGACAUUUGUCAUUGUUCUUUUGAAAAUCGGAAAAACUUUAAAAGAAGAUUAUUGAAAAACAAAAAUUGCUUCAACGUUUGAGCAUUAUGCUUCAAACGGCAAAAUUGAAUUGAAUUUUUUCAGUGACGGAUGAUUUUUCGGGCUUCAAAGACCCGCCCAACUUCCACGCGUCUCUCUGUGCCCUUCUCACUUUUGCCAGUAUCGGUCGGAUCCUGCCUCGAAAUCUGUAAAAUGCGGACACUUUCAGUGUUUUUGUGUUCAAUGUUGCCGAGUCAAGUCUGCGGCCUUGUUUCGUUUGCCGCCGUCUGCAUCAUGUGCCAGUGGUUCAGACGGCAUGGUCUGAAACUCACUCGACGCGAGGUCUGAAAGAUUUUCUCGUAGUAUAGAGAAGGCCUCAAAAAAUCGAGGCUUCAUUUAAAAGAUUUUUGUUCGGAAUGGUCUUUUUUCAUUAAAAAAAAAUUGGAACUUAACUUAUUCGAAUCUCUUCCUUUACCUUCUUGUCGAGAAAAAAAUCAACCUUCUAACACAGUUUUCAGAAAUAUCCAUGUAAUUAAUGUUUCCAAAUCCUGUUCAAUCCAAACAGAAAAUAAGCAAUCCUAGAGAAAGAUAGUUUUUCGAGCCAUUUGUUUUUUUAUUGAAUAAUCCAGCACUUUUCAAAUCCUCACAAUAGUACUCAAUAUGAAAAAGUCUGUCUUUUGACAAAAAAAUUCUUUUUUUGCCUCAAAAAAAGAGGAAGGUAAAAAAAUAAACUUAUUUCAACCUCCUUUUUGAUAUUUUUAAGACAUAUAAAUUCUGCUCAAAAUUUCAAUACUCUCAAUCUUUUUGCAGGCGAUUUUCUUCGACGAGAUGAAUCUUCUGGAAGUCGCUCCAAACUUUGAGUUCGAGCAACCGUUUCUUACAGAAUGUACCACGCCGGCAUUCGGUACAUUUUUGCGAAUUUCUUUGGGUUCAGAUAAUAUUUGAGUUUCUUUAUAACCAAAGUGUCCUUUUUAUUCCCAAGAAAAUGAAGGAAACACGGAUUGCAGGCCCCGAACGGGACGCUCCAGGCCCGUCGACCAUCUGGGAUGCUCUUUUCGUCGACGACAAAAAACUUGUUAUGCAGAAAGUUGUUCCCAUCCUUGUAUCCAUUUCAAAACAACUUUUUGAAGUUCUACCAAGAACAUUAUGGACCUGUAUACGAAACGGCCAGAAAACGUUACGCCGAGUUUCUUCAUCAACAGAAGGUUUCGACCCAUUUUUAAAAGUUUCCAGCAACGCGUUCUUGCUCGAAAUGUGUGUUUUUGAUUUUUUCAUUUGACGAAAGGUCUAAAAAAAUUUUCUAUUUUUUUCUCUCUUCAACUCCUUGUUUCAGCAAAAACGAGAAGAGACAAAAACAGAUAGAUCCGUCCAUACAGCACAUUCCAUUCGGAAAUGA